GUAUCAGCUUGUGCAGCUAAAAAGCUCCUUUCUUAACUGAUUGGAUUGUUUUUUGGUGAACUGACGGGGCAGAAUGUCACGACGGGACCAGAGGUUUCGGAGAGGAAUGAAAGGACGGUGUUGUGAGUGCGGCUGCAUCCUGUCUCACUGGUACUAUGAGAGAGAGGGUCAGCUCUACUGUAAGAAGCACUACUGGGCCCGUUAUGGAGAGCACUGCCACGGCUGCAGAGAGACCAUCGCAACAGGACUCAUUAUGGUGGCCGGAGAGCAGAAGUACCACCCCGAGUGCUUCACUUGUAUGAGCUGUGAUAUGUUCAUCGGAGAUGGAGACACCUACAUGCUCGUCGAACGCACAAAACUCUACUGCGGUCACUGCUUCUGUCAGGGUGUAGAAUCAGAUGUGACGGCACCUUCUCCACUCACUAAGAGUCCCCACAUGGUGGCGCUGGUGUCUCUCCCUCCCCACGCAGGAGGCAGACGAGGCCUGACGGUAGACACGGACCUCAGCCAAGAGAAAGGUCCUCUGGUCACCGUGACAGGGUUGGACUCAGCUGCCCUCAGCUCUGACCUGCUGUCCUCUGUCCACACUGGUGACCUAAUACUGGAGGUCAACGGCAUCCCUGUACAAAAUAUUUCCCCAGAGGAGAUAACUUGUGUGAUCCAGGACACAAGCAGACCGCUGCAGCUGACCAUCGAACACAACCCGCAGUCUCCUGAUGACCGCCUUCACUCAGACAAGGACGACAUCAGCUGUUCUGAGCCCUGUGUCCACGAGAAACUUUCUUCAACCCACAAACUCCCGAGUCUGGAGGAAGAGCCGAGUCCAGGGCAGGAGACGGAUGGACCAAUCAGGAUGAGCCCCUCGCCACCAGGAACCACAGGAAUGAGAUCCAGACACAUCCUGCGCAGCUGUAGUAUAGAUAAGUGUCGUCUGUCCACGGGAGCUCUGUCAGUUUUGUCUCAAAGGAGAGACAUGGUUCGCUCAGAGUCUCUUCGUGUGGAUCCAGGAGAUCGGACCCAUCGCAUCUUCAGACCGUCAGACCUCAUUCAUGGAGAAGUGCUCGGCAAGGGCUUUUUUGGUCAGGCUGUCAAGGUAACCCAUCAGGAGACAGGCGAGGUGAUGGUGAUGAAAGAGUUGAUACGGUUCGAUGAAGAGACACACAAAACUUUCUUAAAGGAGGUUAAGGUGAUGCGCUGUCUGGACCAUCCCAACGUCCUGAAGUUCAUUGGACUGUUUUAUAAAGACAAAAGAAUAAACUUUGUCUCUGAAUACAUCCAGGGAGGAACUCUACGAGAGACCAUCACAAAAAUGGAAAAGGACUUCCCCUGGAAUAUAAGAGUGGGCUAUGCCAAAGAUAUUGCAGCUGGAAUGGCCUAUCUACACUCCAUGAACGUCAUCCACCGAGAUCUGAACUCACACAACUGCCUGGUCAGAGAGAACCAGUCUGUGGUGGUGGCAGAUUUUGGACUUGCCCGGCUGGUCAUGGAGGAGAGAAAUAAGAACGGGACUUCCUCUCUCGAGAGGCCAAAAGGGACGCUGUCAGAGCUCCGCAGGCCUGACCGGAGGAAGCGCUACACUGUGGUGGGAAACCCCUACUGGAUGGCUCCGGAGAUGAUUCAUGGGAAAAGCUACGAUGAGCGGGUGGACGUCUUCUCCUUUGGUAUCAUGAUUUGUGAGAUAAUAGGUAGAGUGAACGCUGACCCCGACUACCUUCCCCGCUCCAAUAACUUUGGAUUAGACGUAGCUGGUUUCCUGCAACAGUAUCACCCUCCACACUGCCCCGCGCCCUUCUUACCGCUCGCUGUCCUCUGCUGUGACAUGGACUCUGAUAACCGGCCUUCCUUCUCAAAGCUGGAGGAGUGGCUGGAGAACCUGCUGAUGCACCUGGACAUCGGUCUGCAUCUACUCUCGGAGUUAGAGCAGCUCCGCAGAGCCUUCUGGCAGAACCACCACCAGCAAAACCACUCUCACAACCAGGACAAGACCCCUGAUUCUCACCAACAAACACGCCGCUCACGGCUACAGAGACAGAGCCACGACCCCCAGACACAUUCAGACGAUGCAAAUAACCACAUAGAGCCUCAUCAGCUCACCCAGAACCAGAACCAAAGCAGCUCACCGGACAGCCCUGACAUGAGGAGCGAGCUCGAUCACUCACAAGACACGAGCGAGACGCGCUGCAGGUCUAUGAGCACGGACUCGGGUGAGACCGGGUCUGAAACCAACGACCCCUCAGGACAACAGGAAGCUCUGGACGAGCCCUCACCACGGCUGCAGGUGAAAAACUCUCUGCUGGGCCGGUCUAACAGGUCCAGGAGGACAUGCAGAGCGCUGUGGGACAGAUCUACAGAGGACAGCUCUUUCCUCUGACAAUGCAGAGUUUUAAGGGAUAAAACACUUAAAAAAGGCACCUUUUCAAACAACUGGGAAAAAAGAGAAAGAGUCAUAAAGCUGUAAGUGGAGGACUGAUGCAUGGAGAACCUGCAACGGCAUAAAAAUUUGGAUAAAUAUUGAAUACUAUGCACAAAAAAGUUAUGAUUUGUAUUGAUGACUUCCUAGAAAAUUAUAUUUUCCUCUGUGAAGAGCCCCACCCAACAUUUUUGCAAAGGAUUCUUUAAAUUCUACAAAGGUUGUCAGAGCUACAUUAUGAAGGACGGAAA